AUGAAGGCUUCAUUCGUUCUUUCCGUCCUCGCUCUUGCGUUGACCACCCAAGCCUGCGACCAAUACAAGUACUGCGCGUGCACCAACCCAGACGGCAGCACGAACGACGUAGCCACCGACUGGGCAUGCGACCCCAGCUACACCCGCAUCAACGACAAGGGAUACACUGAGUGCAAGCUCUACAAGAGCAGUGCCUUCAAAGUCACGGCAUUGUCCAACUGCAAGUUCCGCGAGGCUUGCCAGGCCAAGGGAGCUAUGGGUGAUUCGAAGUGCAGAGCCAAGGUCGGCGUCUUCAAGUUUAAGGCUUGA